GUGAACUGCAGGCACCCAAUUACAGUCAAGAUAAACAGUAUGGCCUGAAAAGCCCUUGCAAAUAAGAGAUCUGCAGAAGCAAAAAGGAAGAGAGUGCACUGUCGUUCUCCCUGGUCGCUGUUAAUUAUAGAGGACCAGGAGACAAAAUGUCAUCAUACCUUUGGCCGAUAUCACUGAUUUCUGAAGAUAGAGGAACCGAUCAGUCAAUCAGAAAGGGAAGGCCAUAUAAGAUCUUUUUCAAAGAUCUCUUUCUUUUCAAAGAAAAUGAAAUAGAAGCAAGGAGGAAGGAAAAAGACCUGAACCGCAGCAGGAAAUUGCACCAAAAGUCGACGUUUUCAUCUCGAAUGAAGAGUCGUUCACACCUGAGUGAAAUAGCAUUCGCUGAUGCAGCUGCUUCCUCGUUUGAAAAGUUUGGGCUGGACCCCACUCUUGUUGUCAGAAUAACAGAAGGUGCAGACGCAAGAAGGUCUCUCCAUGAAUUUAUUAAUGACCAGAGAGACAGGUUUCUGCUCCAGUAUGCUGUGUCAAACAAAAGGAAUACAAUCACCAGGUAUGAUAAGCACAUAAUGACGAAGGAACGGCAAAUCAACAAGGCAGAAAUAAAGCUCCAAGAAGACGCCAUUGCCUUUGAAGAGUUCCUUCGAGAAAACGACCAGAGAUCCGUAGACGCCCUUAAAAUUGCAGCACAUGAAACUAUAAACAAACUCCAAAUGACGGCGGAGCUCAAGAAAGCGACUAUGGAGGUGCAGGCGGUGAAAAGCCAAUCUGAAAGUUCAGAAGACAGUUUGGAAUGCUUGAUAGAUGAUGAAAUGGACUUUGAAAUGGAGCCAGAGCUGUAUUUCAAAGAACCAGAAGAGCUACUUCAGGUCCUCACGGAGCUGGAGGAGCAGAAUCUGACCUUGGUACAGUAUUCCCAAGAUGUAGAUGAAAACCUUGAAGAAGUGAAUAAACGAGAAAAAUUUUUACAGGAUAAAAUAAAUUCAAACAUCGAGUUCCUUUUGGAGCAGAAGGAAGUGCUUAGAGAUAACUGCGUGAGAGAAGAGGAAAAAGCAGCAGAGCUGGAGUUAAGGUCCAGGCUAUUUAGUUUUGGAGAAUUUAAUUCAGAUGCCCAGGAAAAACUGAUAGACUCUCUUAGUAAAAAAAUUAACCAAGUCUACAGAUUCUGCAUCGGAGAUGGUGAGGUUGGCAGCCUCAACCCACUCCAAAAGCUGGUAAAAGUAGAGUCUCGCCUGGUGGAACUGAGUGAUCUCAUUGAUGCCAUUCCCAAAGAAAAUGUGGAGGCAAUUGAGAGGAUAAAACAAAAAGAACGACGGCAAAAGUUUCGUGAAGAGAAAAUGAGAGAAAAACAAAAACACCAAGAAGAAAGGCUAAAAGCUGCUCUGGAAAGAGCAGUAGCACAACCAAAGAAAAAGCUGGGAAGAAGACUUGUCUGUCGUUCAAAACCGUUAUCUGAUAGCAAACAUCGACUACUUUUAGUCAAGGAUACAAGAGUAAAAUCAAUAGAGGAAGAGUAUUUUUUCACUUGAAUAGAAGCAGUAAGGCCAAAAUGUUUUAGGCAUAUUUUAAAAAUUCUGGUUUACAGUAAUGGCAAUAUUCUGCCCCAUAUGCUUGCCUAAUCAAUGUGAUUUAGACAUGCCCUUGUUCCAAAGGUUAUAGGAUUGGAAAUGGGGAGUUAUUUCCUUUUGUUGAAGGCUUUUUAUUAUCCAUUGCCUAAGUAUUAUUCUAAACAUUAUACACCUAUACUUCGAUUUGUCCAAGUUGGGGAUACACAUCCAAAGUUAUUUUAUUGAUGUAACUAUACGGUUAAUGACCAUUAAACCGCAAUAGUGGCAUCCUCUGACAUGAGACUUUGAGGUUAUGUCUCAGAACAUAAUUGUGAAACUGGUUUUUAAUUCAUAUUAAGGAGUACUGUUCAGAAACUUAAUCCUCUUAAAUGAACAAACCCAACUGUCUUCAACCUAAAUGUCAGUUCACAAUUUCUGUUGUGCUGUAUAUCCACAAUCAUUUUCAUUUUUGUUGAUGUUUCAUUUUAGCUAUAUGUGUAUACUAUUUAAGCG